GAGAGGACAUAUUGUGAGAGAAGGAUGGUUUUCAUUUCAGUGUUAAGACUCUGUCUUCUUUGUCUCACACAGGCAGCAGCUGGACUUCAGUCAUUUGAUCAUUCAGUGAUGUUUGCCUUACUAGGAGGUGAUAUUACUUUGCCAUGUGGCAUACCCUCUCUUAAAUCCUGCUCCUCCGUUAACUGGAACAUGUCCGGAGAGUUUGGAUCAGCCACUGAGAUGGUGAAAGCUGGAAGAGUGACAGCUCCGAACGCCCUCAGGCUUGGCCUGCAAACGGAUUGCUCUCUAGAUAUUAAUGACCUGGAGCUCAAUGAUGCACGACUUUACGCCUGUGGCAGUGGAACACUCAAUUCAAGUGUUUCGCUUCAGAUUCUUGAACUCAUCGAGAGGUCAACUCCUGCAGACGGCACCAUAGAGCUUCACUGUUUCCUCAAUAUGUUUAAAGGAUACGUCCCUUGUAACAACAAAGGCAUACAUAUCAAGUGGAGCACUGAAGACGAUACACCAUUAAACGGGAAAAGAUUUCGCUUUGAAAAUCCCUCUGAAUGCUUCUCUAAACUGAUCAUCACUAAAAAACUGACAGAUCAUCAAAGAAAAUGGAAAUGCCAGCUGACUCAAAACAGCACAGUUAAAGCCGCCAUCACUUAUACAACAACACUACAAGAUGGCAUAGAGGAAGUGUUUGCUGCAGUGGGUGAGUCAGUGUCACUCUCUUGUAGCAACACUUCCUCUCUGCUUGUGGGCAGCCGCAUGAAGUGGGCUGUGGGUGAAAGGACGCUGACAGAUGAUGCAUCGCCUUAUAAAGGCCAAACUGAGGCUUAUCAUGUCAAUAAAGACUCAUCACUGGUUAUUAGCAAAGUGAGUGCUGUGCAUGCUGGGGACUACCAGUGUUCAGAGUCCUCUGGUCAGCAAACGGUGUUAAACAGAAUCAGACUGCACACCCUCGAUGUCUCUUCAGAGCACGGACCAGGAGAUGAUAAUCUCACUUUGACUUGUGUGCUUACCUGCACUACAGAAUGUGGAAAAGACUUAAAUUUAACCUGGUCUGGAGGUAGCCAGAACAGCUGGCAGAACACCUUAAUGAAUGUGAACAACACUCUUAUAAACAGCCUAUUUCUCCCAGUUUCUCCAAAAAAUGACGAAUUAACCUGCUUUGUGCAUAGAGAGGGUGAAGUGACGGCAUCAAAGAAGUGGCACACUGUUAAUUCUCUGCAAACACCUGCUUGGGUAGUCCUCCCUCUAGCCCUCCUGAUAUGUAUAACCGCUGGUGGUCUUUACAUUUUCAUGAAGAGGAAGCACAACAAGGAUGCAGGAAAUGAGCAGUCAAGUAUUGGAAUGACUCAUGUAUAUGAAGUCAUCCAGGAUGCACAUAAUGAGGAACUACACCAGCAAAGAAAAUCCAAAGGAGCAGCCGCUACCACCACUGACAGUUUCUAUGAUUUGUUACAGGCUGUUAACUAAAUAAAAGUGUUCUC